AGAUAUGCAUAAAAAGAUAUGCUUAACAAAAAAAAAAAUCAUUAAAGAAACAAGUAGAUAGGUCUAUAAAAUAGAAAGCUAUGAACCUUAAUUUUAUUUAAUUCUCUCUUUUCCUCUAGAUUGUCAGUCACUUCACUACUCCCCUAGAGUCUCCUUCCCCGUUCCCACUGAAUCACCGGAGCACCGGAAGGAACAACGGCGGAGCAAUGGAAGCGUCUUCCUCAUCGGCAAUAGCACAACAAACAUGGGAAUUGGAAAACAACAUCAUGCCAAUGGAAACUCCCGCAGACGAUUCAAUUUUCCACUAUGACGAAGCUGGCCAAGCCCAAUUCCAACGCGAUAAACCAUGGGCAAACGAUCCUCACUAUUUCAAACGCGUUAAGAUCUCUGCACUCGCUCUUCUUAAGAUGGUUGUUCACGCUCGUUCUGGUGGAACAAUCGAGGUUAUGGGUCUUAUGCAAGGUAAAACCGAUGCUGAUUCUAUCAUUGUUAUGGAUGCUUUCGCUUUGCCUGUUGAAGGUACUGAAACUCGUGUCAAUGCUCAAGCUGAUGCUUAUGAAUACAUGGUUGAUUAUUCUCAGACCAACAAACAGGCUGGGAGGUUGGAGAAUGUUGUGGGAUGGUAUCAUUCUCAUCCUGGUUAUGGUUGUUGGCUUUCGGGGAUUGAUGUGUCGACACAGAUGUUGAAUCAGCAAUUUCAGGAGCCGUUUUUGGCUGUUGUGAUUGAUCCGACGAGGACUGUUUCUGCUGGAAAAGUUGAGAUUGGGGCUUUCAGGACUUACCCUGAAGGUUAUAAGCCUCCUGAUGAUCCUAUUUCUGAGUAUCAAACUAUUCCUCUUAAUAAGAUUGAAGAUUUUGGUGUUCAUUGCAAGCAGUACUAUUCCUUGGAUAUCACUUACUUUAAGUCUUCUCUUGAUUCACACCUUUUGGAUCUUCUGUGGAACAAAUAUUGGGUGAAUACAUUGUCAUCUUCUCCUUUAUUGGGCAAUGGAGACUAUGUAGCUGGACAAAUCUCAGAUUUAGCUGAAAAGCUAGAACAAGCAGAGAAUCAAUUGGCACACUCACGUUUCGGGCCACUAGUAGCACCUUCACCUAGAAAGAAAGAAGAAGAAUCUCCACUCGCUAAGAUCACUCGAGAUAGUGCAAAGAUAACAGUGGAGCAAGUACAUGGUUUAAUGUCACAGGUGAUCAAGGACACACUGUUCAACUCUGUUCAUCAAGCUAACAAGUCUCGUGUAGAAACAUCUGACCCCGAACCAAUGAUUGAAAGCUGAUUAUGGUUUCUUUCCAUUAGACAUACGGAAUUUUUGUUGUGAUGUCCUUCUCAUUCAUUGCCAACAGUUAAAGUAGGCAAUUGACAUCGGAUUCAAGUUCUCAUAGAGUUAACUUUAUAAACUGCAUCUUGUGUAGUUAUAAAUUUUAUUUUAUUGUUUUAUCAAUUUUACUUUAUUGCAA